CCCAUUUUGGCUGUGUUUCGGGAAAAGGAGAGUGUUCAAAUGGUCCUCUCUCGUCUCCUCCAAGCUAAAUCGCCGUAUCGUUACCUCGGAAAAGGUCUUCCGAAAUCUGCAAGAUGGUGUUCUACUGCUUCUAAUGGCGGGAAUGAGAAGUCAUCACAGUCCAAGACAGCGGGAGCUGCAAAGAAGUACAAGGAAAUGGAUCCAAGGGUCUUUCCUAAAGCAACACAGGUCCAGAACAAAGCGGGUGGAUCAUGGUAUAUUCUGAGUGACAUUGUUACACGCCUGAAGGAGAAGAUACUGGAAUAUUCUCCACUCCAGAAUCACACUAGUGACACAUCAUGUCCGGAUAAAUCUGAAAUUAACGAGCCCGAAAAUUCCGUGAUAAACUCUCAUUGCAAUAAGAACAUUUCAACGAGUGCUACAUCUGAGGAUGCAAUCAAUGCAAAAGCUUCUGAGGCUACUAGGAGGCACAGUACUCUAGAUAACAGUGAACACUGUAAGCCUAAAAACAUAGUCCAAUCAUCAAAAGCUGCAACAUCCUGUAUAGAAGGGGAAUGUAUUUCUGUGGACUUGAUCAGUACAACAGCUUCUGAUGUUAUUAAGAUGCAAAAUUCUCCAUGUGCUACUGAGGUUACUGAAGCUGCAUGUAUAGUCCAAUUGUCAGAAACUGUUGCAGAUUCUCACAGUAUCGUUGAGGAAAUUUUAACAAGUGCAGAAUCAUCUAACAUCUCUCAGGAAAACCAUUCUGAGGAUAUAGUUAGAUCAGAUGAGGUUUCUGAUAGUUCAAAGCAGGUUGAGCCAAUGGAAGCACACUCGGGUGCACUUGCGAGUUUUGGAAAGGAUAGAAAUUCUCAGUCUGAUCAGUUGUCUUGCUUAGAUCUUCAUCCACUGAAUGAAAGUACCUGGAAACCACAAAAUAUUGAUGCAAAUGAAUCAUUUUCAUCCGGAUCUGGAAAGCAUCAAGCUGAAAAUAAAAUGACAAUUUCCAGCCUAACAUCAAAUAUAGGCUCUGAAAUGAGUGAAACACAAGCAUCGUUCAGUGGUGCACAAAAGGUUAGGCGGAUGGUGGAUAUUUUUGCGAGGACAACAAAAGAUCAUGCAACAAGGGAAAUGACCAACAAAAAGAGUAAAAUUUUGACAUCCAAUGGAAAUGCAGGGCACUCAAAUGAUAUGACAGGGGAGGAUGAGGUAAAAAGUCCUGAUAUUAUGGGAUUAAUUAACUGCAUUAAAAAGAUGCCUAAAGUAGAUUCGUCUAUUAGACCCCAGGAUAAUGUUAUCUCCAGUAAUAAUGAUAUUGUCAGCAAUAGAAGCCUGAUAAAAGGGAUCCAAUCGCAGGGUAAGUUGCAAAAAAUUGAUAAUAAGGGAAAACGGGCUUUAUUUGAUGGCCAUGCUUUCGGCAAGAAGAGUGAGGAAGGGCCAGAUGUAGAGGUCGACUUCAAGAUAUUACAUUCGGGUUCCAAGAGUGAGGAUGUGGAAGAAAGUGAUGCAGAUGUUGCAUCCUUUGAUUGCAAAUUUAAAUCAACCCCACAAGUUCCACUUCCAGCGAGCAAGGAAGACAUGAAUCAGACAUGGGAUACUUUAUACGCAGAAGAAAGAUCUAAUGAAAACAAAGUAUUGGUCAAUUUCUUGCACAGAACUGCCAAAAAGAAUGAUAUAGUAGCUGCUUUCAAGAAUUGUGGGGAAAUUAUGGGCAUUGAAUUUUCUUAUGUUAGAGGGAGCUUAUUUAAAAUGGCUUAUAUUACUUUCAAGACAAGGAAAGGGCUGCAGAAAGCUAUUGAAAAAACUGAUCUGAUGGUAAAAAAUUCACUUGUUACAGUAGAAGCAAUUUCUUCCUUGGCUGAAAUGCCUAGUAGAAUCUCCAUCCCCAACUUAAUCAAUGAUCCUGAUGUUCCUGCUGCAUUAGUGAAGAAUCCUACCCGAACAGUGAUGAUCAAACACUUGACCCAUGACAUAAGCUCACAUCAAAUUGAAGAAGCUCUAGCCUUCUGUGAGAGCAAAAUAACUGGCUUUUUCUUGGGUUCCUCGAGUUCUGUUGCCUGUGUAGAAUUUGAGACAGAAGAUGCUAAAGAAAGAGCGCUUGCAAAACAUUCCAUAGUUUUAUUAGGAAAGCAGCUAUUCAUCUUCAGAAUAGAUGCACCAAUAACAACAGUUGUAAGGAUUUCCAAUUUGAACUUGCCAGAAGCAUCAAAGAAAGUCAACUCCAUAUGCAAGGCUUAUGGGCAGGUCAAAUGUGUAGUCCACAGAUCUGCAGACACCAUUGAUGUGCAUUUCAGGCUUGCUGAAUGGCCAAACAUGGUUAAGAUUCUUAACAGACUAAAUGGGAGUCGAAUAGAUGGUCAGCAGUUGUUAGCUCGGCCUGCAACUGUGGUUCCUCCCGAAAUCCUGUGCAUGUUAUGGAAUCAGCCGGGUGCAAGAAGGCAUGUGAAAGCCAUGGUGAAUAGUUUAGUUGAAAAACUUGGGGAAAAUGCCGUGCAUAAAGCUGGUUUAACUGAUCUUGCAGCCAGAUUCUAUGGAGAUGAAUUAUGAUUCAGUUUAUUACUUGCAUUUCUCUUAUCUGAAAAAAAAAGAGAGGUCAGUUUAACAUGACGUUCGGAAAGUGUAGCUUCUUCAUUGAUUGGAAUUUGCAUAUUUUCUUGUCAGAUGGAAACUUGUAUGUCAGGUCAGUGCUAACCCUAUUAAGUUGUACAAGAAUUUUGGGAAGUGUACUCUUCACAACUUCAAUAUAAUUCUGAUUUCCAUAUGGCAUUGGAAAUUUUACUUUUCUUGA